AUGGCUGAUCAGCACGGCCCCUAUGUUCGGCUCUGGGGCAUCCGGCCAUCACAACUGCCUUCAGAAACCACUUCAGCUCAAGAUCUCACACCGUUGCUUCAAUCAAUAUUGACCGAGGCACUUUCAUUUGUCAGCUCAGUGCCGCCGCACUCAUCCGAAUCAUCGUCACUAUCAUCAGGAGGCAGAUCCAGCCAGAACAAUGGGAAUACUACAAGCAGCAAUGGGCCCUGGAAGGCAAAGGGAUGCAGGGCAUUUCACCACUCAGCAGCGCCGGUACACAUGUUUGAGCGGGUCGUCUCAGCCGAAGAACUAAAGACGAUAGCCAAGGACCAGAACCUGCCCCAGGCAAGCGGCAGCGGCUCGAAGAUCAAGCCGGAAACAUGGAGUCUCAGGCGCAGCGUUCACGAGGAGGCGAAAAAGGCCGGCACCGCAGACUGGGAGGAGUGGGUGCGGUGCUUCAAGGAGGGCCAUGCGGAUGCCGAGAUGAAGUUUACGCCGACGGUGAUGAGCCACACGCUCAAGAGGCAGUGGGACUGCGCUGGCGUCGAGGUUACGGUGGGAGGCGACACGUACCAAGACUUGACGCUGAAGCUGGAGGAGUCGGUGCACAAGAUGCCUGCGCCGCUCAACAACCGCGUGUUCCCCGUGCUGCAGGUCACGGCGGCCGUGCGAGGGCGGCGAGAGUUUGUCGUGGUGCAGAUUGCGGCGGUGCCAGAAAGUGCCGGCGCGGAGGAGUCUAGGCCUGAUGGCGCGCUGCGAGGCACGUACACGGCCAUUGAGCGCUUCCGGGAGAUUGACGGCCAGGGCAACGUGGAAUGGGUCAUGGGGACGGUGUCUGAUGCGAGGGGCGUGCUGCCGGCGUGGAUCCAGAAGAUGGCGGUGCCGGGGCAGAUUGCAAAGGACGUGGACAUGUUUCUGGAGUGGAUUGCGGGCAAGCGAGAGGCCAAGUGA